AGGUUACUUGACUGGGAGUUCUCAGACCUCCAGUUUCAGUCCUGCCCUCAGCCUCCAGUCGGUGAGAGACACCCAGCCCCAGCAAUUGGAUUGGGCAGCCCGUCUUGACACACCACUGUGCUGAGUGCUUGAGGACGUGUUUCACCAGAUGGUUGGGGUUAGUGUGUGUCAUCACAUUCGAGUGGGGAUUAGGAGCAGGAAGCCUGCCUUGCUGGAGCUGUGUGGUCUUCUCCAAGUGAGAGCUGCAGGCAAGGAAACUACUUUGCUUUUGGAAGAAGAAGAGGAGGAAUUCAUUUUCUGCAGCCACAAGAAAGGCAGUUUUUUCAGGUGCUGACGGCCACCCACCACCGUCUGAAGAAGGUGAUUUUGGCGGAUGACAUGCAGGUUCUCCACGACAGAGUAAUUGCAGAAAAUCUUCAAAGGACCCCAUCUGCCGAUGUUCUGAAUACCUCUGAGUACAGAAAUUGAUUCUUCAACCAGGAUACCUAAUUCAAGACCUGCAGAAACCAGGAGGCUGAGACAUUCUGUCAGUCUCGCGACAUUGGACCAAACACAAUGAAGUAUUCUUGCUGUGCUCUGGUUCUGGCUGUCCUGGGCACGGAGCUGCUGGGGAGCCUCUGUUCGACUGUCAGAUCCCAGAGGUUCAGAGGACGGAUACAGCAGGAGCGAAAAAACAUCCGACCCAACAUUAUUCUUGUGCUUACCGAUGAUCAAGAUGUGGAGCUGGGGUCCCUGCAAGUCAUGAACAAAACAAGAAAGAUUAUGGAGCACGGGGGGGCCACCUUCACCAACGCUUUUGUGACCACCCCUAUGUGCUGCCCCUCCCGGUCCUCCAUGCUCACCGGAAAGUAUGUGCACAACCACAACGUCUACACCAACAAUGAGAACUGCUCCUCACCUUCAUGGCAGGCGAUGCACGAACCUCGGACUUUUGCUGUAUAUCUUAACAACACUGGCUACAGAACAGCCUUUUUUGGAAAAUACCUCAAUGAAUAUAAUGGCAGCUACAUCCCUCCUGGAUGGCGAGAAUGGCUUGGAUUAAUCAAGAAUUCUCGUUUCUAUAAUUACACUGUUUGUCGUAAUGGCAUCAAAGAAAAGCAUGGAUUUGAUUAUGCAAAGGACUACUUCACAGACUUAAUCACUAACGAGAGCAUUAAUUACUUCAAAAUGUCUAAGAGAAUGUAUCCCCAUAGGCCCAUUAUGAUGGUGAUCAGCCACGCUGCGCCCCACGGCCCCGAGGACUCGGCCCCACAGUUUUCAAAACUGUACCCCAAUGCUUCCCAACACAUAACCCCUAGUUAUAACUAUGCACCAAAUAUGGAUAAGCACUGGAUUAUGCAGUACACGGGACCCAUGCUGCCCAUCCACAUGGAAUUUACAAACGUUCUACAUCGCAAAAGGCUUCAGACUUUGAUGUCAGUGGACGAUUCUGUGGAAAGGCUGUUUAAUAUGCUCGUGGAGACGGGGGAGCUGGAGAACACUUACAUCAUUUAUACCGCCGACCACGGUUACCAUAUUGGGCAGUUUGGACUGGUCAAGGGGAAAUCCAUGCCAUAUGACUUUGAUAUCCGUGUGCCCUUCUUUAUUCGUGGUCCAAGUGUAGAACCAGGAUCCAUAGUCCCACAGAUCGUUCUCAACAUCGACCUGGCCCCAACGAUCCUGGACAUCGCUGGGCUCGACACGCCUCCCGAUGUGGACGGCAAGUCCGUCCUCAAACUUCUGGACCUGGAAAAGCCAGGUAACAGGUUUCGAACAAACAAGAAAGCCAGAAUUUGGCGUGAUACAUUCCUCGUGGAAAGAGGGAAGUUUUUACGUAAGAAAGAAGAAUCCAGCAAGAAUAUCCAACAGUCAAAUCACUUGCCCAAAUAUGAGAGGGUCAAAGAAUUGUGUCAGCAGGCCAGGUACCAGACAGCCUGUGAACAGCCUGGGCAGAAGUGGCAGUGCAUCGAGGACACCUCUGGCAAGCUUCGAAUUCACAAGUGUAAAGGAUCCGGGGACCUGCUCACGGUCCGGCAGAGCACGCGGAACCUCUACUCUCGCGGCUUCCCCGACAAAGACAAAGAAUGCAGUUGCGGAGAGUCGGGUUAUCGUGCAGGCAGAAGCCAGAGGAAGAGUCAAAGGCAGUUCCUGAGAAACCAGGGGACCCCGAAGUACAAGCCCAGAUUUGUCCAUACCCGGCAAACACGUUCCUUGUCAGUCGAAUUUGAAGGCGAAAUAUAUGACAUAAACCUGGAAGAAGAGGAAUUGCAAGCGUUGCGACCGAGAAACAUUGCCAAGCGCCAUGAUGAAGGCCACAGGAGGCCCGGAGGUGCCCAGACUGCCGGCGACGGGGACGUGAUGCUGGCAGACAGAGACAACGCCCUGGGCCUGCCCACCUCCGUCCGAGUGACUCACAAGUGCUUUAUUCUUCCGAAUGAUACAAUCCACUGUGAGAGAGAACUAUAUCAAUCAGCCAGAGCCUGGAAGGACCACAAGGCAUACAUUGAUAAAGAGAUUGAAGCCUUGCAAGACAAAAUUAAGAAUUUAAGAGAAGUGAGAGGACACCUAAAAAGGAGGAAGCCAGAGGAAUGUGCCUGUAGCAAACAAAGCUAUUAUAAUAAAGAAAAAGGUGUAAAAAAGCAAGAGAAGGUGAAGAGUCAUCUCCACCCAUUCAAGGAAGCUACUCAAGAAGUAGACAGCAAGCUGCAGCUUUUCAAGGAGAACCGUAGGAGGAAGAAGGAGAGGAAGGAGAAGAAACGCCAGAGGAAGGGGGAGGAAUGCAGCCUCCCUGGCCUCACCUGCUUCACCCACGACAACAACCACUGGCAGACGGCCCCAUUCUGGAACUUGGGAUCUUUCUGUGCCUGCACGAGUUCUAACAACAACACCUACUGGUGCUUGCGCACGGUUAACGAGACACAUAAUUUUCUUUUCUGUGAGUUCGCCACUGGCUUUUUGGAGUAUUUUGAUAUGAAUACAGAUCCUUAUCAGCUCACAAACACAGUGCACACGGUGGAACGGGGCAUUUUGAAUCAGCUACACGUACAACUCAUGGAGCUCAGGAGCUGUCAAGGAUACAAGCAGUGCAACCCAAGACCGAAGGGCCUGGAAGUUGGAAAUAAAGAUGGAGGAAGCUAUGACCUACACAGAGGACAGUUAUGGGAUGGAUGGGAAGGUUAAUCCACCCAGCCUCGCUGCAGAUGUCAACUGGCAAGGUCUGGAGGAUUUAUACAGAGUGAACAAAAGUGUCUAUGAGGACAGACAAAACUAUACACUUAGUCUGGUUGACUGGACUAAUUACUUGAAGGAUGUAGAUAGAGUAUUUGCACUGCUGAACAGCCACCAGGAGCAAGACAAAACAAAUAAGACUGCAACUGCUCAAAGUGAUGGGUCCCUGGCUGGAUCUGCUGAGCUCUCUGCGCCGGUAGAGAGAGCCUCCGCGGAGUCAGGUGAGGACCCGAGUCCUA